AUGUUCCAGAAACAGCUUCCUGACUGCAAAACCGCAACUAUGCUGCCUCAUAGCCGCAUGCAUGCCGAGAUGAGUUGGUGUGACACACCUGAACUACCUCGGGCAGAGGAGAUUAUGAAAGAAUGUGGCACGUUUCCAAAGAAGAACGGCCUCAACAUCGUUUACCCAACAAAAGGCGCGUACCUCCAGGCCCAGUACGACCUAUUGCGUUUCGAGGGAGUCGAGCCUCUCCGCAGAGCCGUUCAAGAGUACAAAUCCACUCCCGAGAUGGCAGACAGCACUGAGACAUGCAUUUAUACCGAUGGUAUACCCAAGGUCUUUAUCGGUGGCGUCAAUAUUAUACGCCUCGGAGUCAUGAUCCGCGUCACCUUCUCCGCCGUUCGCGCACGACAACUCAUCAACUGGCCAGCAUCGCAGCGUCUGGUCCCAGGCACAAUAGUGGCCCUAUCUCCCGCUUCGGAUAACUUCAGAACGGAGUGCAUCGUAGCAGUGGUGACAGGUCGCUACGAUGAACUCAUUGGCAACUCAAUGGCGCCUCCUCCCUUAGAUCUCGAAUUUCCCGACCCCCGUAUCACAGCCUCUGUCAUGGAGCCAGAUCAGGAGUAUGUCAUGGUCGAAGCCCGCUCGAACUACUUUGAGGCUGUUCGACACGUUCUGGAGGGCCUAAAGAAGACGGCAGAGGACGAUUCACCAUUUGACAAGUAUUUCAUCGGUCAACUCAACACCGUUGGCAUACCUACUUCUUUCCCUCCCUCCUUCGACUCUUUGGAUAUCUCAGCCCUCCACGACGAUCUUCAACACCCAAGACCUAUACACAUCCCGAUCCAAGGCGAUAUACCCAGCCACAUCCAAUCGAAAACAAGACUGGAUCAAUCCCAGCUGCUAGCUCUCCAGCGCAUGAUAGCCAGGGAGCUCGCCAUCGUCCAAGGUCCCCCGGGAACGGGAAAGACUCACACGUCAAUGGCCGCACUCAAGGUCCUGCUAAGCACGCAGCGUUCCAACGCUCCCAUCAUCGUCACAGCUCAAAAGAACGACACCGUUGACGAGCUGCUCACCAGAUGCCACAAGCUCGGCGUGGACUUUGUCCGUCUCGGUGGCCAAGCCAAAGACGAGGCCAUCACCAGCCGAACACUCUUCAACCUCCGGAUGCGAUCUCGGAGCAAGACGUGGUGCAAGAGUGGACUCGAGAAAAGCCUCGUCUCUCUCAGGUCUCAAGCGAAGCUUCUCCUUCAGCGCUGCUACCCUUCCGUUCACCAGCUGUUGAUUCUGCCGGACCACUUUCGUGAAGUAGGCUUGAUCAGUGCGGAGCAGUAUGCUUCAGUUAUGAAAUGCUGGAAUGGCGAUGUCAAAUCCAUUGCUGGGGACGCUUCCCGACAUCCGCUCGGGCCGUGGCUUGGUGAUCAGUUACUCGCCCAGGUGCCUCACAGGAGUGUUCACGUACCUCUCAAUGGUCAUGCUGACGACGAAGCAACGUCGGCGCCUGGUCUCAGCGAGAAGGUUUCCACUUACAAUAAGAAAGAGCAGUUGACAGGCAAGCCCAUUUUGAUCUCGCGCUGGAGAAACAUCAAAAUUUCAAAAGUCGCCGCUGUCAGCGAAACGCCGGUACAAGAGCUGCUCGCCAAGAGCGAAAGUCUCUGGUCGAUUCCACCCAAACAUCGCGGCACGGUUUAUCAAUACCUCGAGCGUCGUUACAUUGCAUCAACCAAGCUGGCUCUCUCUUCUAUAUUCGCGCAACUUCACGACGUCGUCAAGGAGCUCAAGGUGACCCGGUGGCAGGAGGAUGUCAACGCAGUCCGGGAAUCAAGGGCCCGCGUUAUAGGCUGCACGACAACAGGCCUCACAAAGUACCGGAGACUCAUCGCCGCGUUGCGACCACGCGUCAUGAUGAUUGAAGAAGCAGCCGAGACCCGCGAAGCAAACAUUACCGCGGCCUUAUUCCCUUCUCUGGAGCAGAUCAUUCUGGUCGGCGACCACAUGCAGCUGGCGCCCCACGCGGAUGUCCUGGAGCUCAGCAAGCCCCCCUUCUACCUGAACGUAUCUUUGUUCCAGAGGCUGGUGGAGCGCGGCUUGGAGCAUUCCACCCUUCAGGUGCAAAGACGCAUGGCACCUGAUAUCUGCAGACUGCUGAGCGCCUGGUACCCUCUCCUGACAGACCACCAUUCGACAUUAGACCGGGAAGCGGUCCCCGGCAUGGGCUCAAAGAGUGUGUUGUGGUUUGACCACCAACGCCCCGAGUCGUCCAAACGGUAUUGCAGCAAGGUGAACACUUUCGAGGCCGACAUGAUUGUCGGGCUGUACAAUCACCUGGUGUCCAAUUGUACAAGCCCAUCAGAAAUCACCAUCCUGACCUUCUACAGCGGACAGAAGGCUUGCAUCGAAAACAGCCUCCGUCAAAAGCUCGGCAUCGGAUGCCUCGGGCCCGAGGUCCAGACGGUGGACGGAUAUCAGGGCAGGGAGAAUAGCAUUAUCCUCAUUUCCAUUACCCGAAGUCCAGAAGACCGGACCAGGCCAGAUUCAGGCUUUCUCAAUGACCUGAGACGUGCCAUUGUGGCCCUCAGCCGUCCUCGACACCUCCUCGUCAUCCUCGGCGAUAUGGGGAAUCUGCUGGCGUCGUCGGCUCGACCCAUCUGGAGUGAAGUCUUGAACAGAAUGGAUGCUUCACCCGCGGACUAUAUCCCCGUCUCCUGCCAGGCGCAUGGGAGUGAGAUCCGUAUCCGGAAGCCGGAUGAGUGGGAAAGAUUUGCAGGUAAAGGAGGCUGUAGCAUGCUUUGCGGGCGAACGACGGGUGCCCGGGGAGCAACGUGUGGCCGAAAGUGUCACGGAGGCUCUUGCCAGCUCGCAGUCAGUGACAUGUUCACAGAUCGGUCCGCUACUAGCAACGCGCAGACGUUUUCUAAGUUUGCUAUUGCGAUGAGGAUCUCUAGCCCUCCGGCGCAGGAAGAUCUGAUAGACCUGAGUAACGCAUAA